AUGGACGAGGUGCCGAGGAAAGGCUUGCUACAAUACAUCAAGAGGAUCUCUCUUAGAAAGCAAGCAAGAACGUUGAAUCUGGAAGGUGCCCAAGGACAAGGCCAGAUGUUGCUCAUGCUUUUCACACAGCGGGCUAUCGACCAGUCUCGGGCGUGGGCCAACACCUGGAUCAUGGAGCAGGAAUUCAGCAAUAAAGGCUUCGGGGCGUCCUCAGGGCCCUACAGCAAUUAUCCAGACUCCCUUAACUCGUCAUCCACCUUCAUCGGUUCUAAUACCUCAGACGCGCGGCAAGGCAAUGUACCUUAUGGUUCCCUGCCAAGCACAAAUCUUCAGUCCCACUCGUUGCCUUACCUUGCAAAAGCUUCUGCUGUCUGCUCGUUUGAAGCGUCCUUGCCUAACGAAAUGAGUUUUACCUCUGGGGACGAGAUCUGGAUCACGCAGUAUGUAGAAUCCGAGCUAUGGGAAGGUAUAAAUCAGCGCACCCAGCAGAAAGGGCUGUUCCCCAAUACUCUAGUAAAAAUCUUCCUCGUCAAGAAGAUGCCAAGCAGAGAGAAGAUGCCACUCGAGAUCGAUUCCUCUCCCCAUAGCUUUGGUGGUUCUCCAAUUGAAAACAAGUUCCUUUCGCCCACUAGCAUAGGUGGAAGGGCUGCUUCCUUAUCCAAUCGCGCCCACAGGUCCGUCAGCACAAGCGACAUCCCAUCCGUAGCAAACGUGCAGGAAUUAGAUUCUACUCCAAUCAACCCUGCGAGCAAACCUUCUCCAAUGGCCCCCGAGCAUGAUCUGUUCCUGAACCAACGGGGACAGGUGGCCAGAAUUACGUCGAGCGCAAGUGAUAAAGGCCCAGGACGUGCUGCGUCGCAAAGCUACAGUCAGCUGCAGCAGAAUUGGGCCCAAACGCCUUUGGACAUGGCAAACCAAUCACCACGCGCAGGAUCAGACAUAAAAAGAUCGCAGUCUCAGCGUUUGUGGGCGCCAACUCCACUGAGCCCCGCCAUAACACCUGCUGGAUUCCGUGAGUAUACUGUUUCACCAUUUGUUACACCCAUUGGAUCGAUUGCUGGCGGACAACUCAACGACAUUCGCAGCCUUUCUGCAGACAUCACACCGGAAACUACUCCAGAACCGACCCAAGCAGCAGACAAUUAUGAGAGUUUGCGAGCACAAUCAUCCGUUUUCCAACAGCUGCGAGAGGCGGCAGAGGCAGAAGCGCAAAUGAUGUCUGGAUUUGACUCAUGGCAAACAGCGCAAGGAUCCGAAGCACUACCCAAUGCUGGCAGUAAUCCAGUGUCCAGUCCGCAACUCCCUACUGCGCCAGUGGCAUUCACAAAUAAUGGACCUACUGACCAACCAGAAGAUCCUCCUUCCAUACAGCCUGAUUGGCCCUUGCCGUCUUCUCCUAAAUCGGGCACUGAAACACCGCCGGUUUCUAAUGACAUGGAACAGAAGAUUUUCAAGGAUAGCUGCAAUUGA